AUGGACAAGCAAGCACUUGCAAGUUCUUUUGUCCCUUCAACCUCAACAGCUUCAUCACCUUCGGGCCCCCCUGAGCAACGCACAUAUACCACCGCUGGCACAAUCUACAAACCAAGCUCAACCCAACCACUCCAGCCGCCCACUCGACGUGGACGCUCGCUCAAGUGGUCUCCCGCCGGUUUGCAUGCCGAUCUUGCCCUUUUGCCCAAGUCGGUGCUGGCCGGGUUGCCGUUGAGGGCUCCUUCUGGGCCACCCAUCACGGCGUUGCAGCAGUACACGCCGCUGCAGCAGAAUUACGAUCGGGCCAUUAGCCCAUUCAACGAACCAGAUCACAUUCUCGCAAAAAUGCCAGCUGAAGCAAUCCUAGCUCCCUCCACUCACACUCCUGGCCCGCUUUCUUCACUCUCUGGUGUAGAAUGGAGUGGUCUGGACAGGCCUACCGCAGGUGAUGGAGAGCGUCAUUCCAGGAACGAUAGCGACACGGGGGAUGAAGCCGCAACCGAAGGGGAAGCUGAUGACGACUUCAACAUGGGUGCUUUGAUGAACAUGACCGUCAAGUCUUUACAGAACCUGGCCUCGUACCCGAAUCCGAAUCAGAAGACUGCUCAGAAGGCUCUUCAGCGCGGGACUAGGCCAAGACCCUGUAUGUACAGUCAGCCUGUGACGGGCCUCUCGUCGGCGAGCCCUCCCUCGUUGGCGACCAUUGGCAUGGCAUCUGGUGCCAGUGAAGGAACGUCGAGCUUCUCUUACCCAAAGUAUGCUUGUCAAACCGAAUCCUCUACUUUCAGGCCAGCCCAGCUCGAUGCCAUCCCCAAGAUGGACGGAGCUUGGAGCACGAGGAACAGCACGCCAGCAUCCGCAAUCCCCGUGUCUCCGAGAGCCAAGUCCACGAGCAGCGAGGUUUUAAAGACGCAUCAUUCCCUGGCCCCGACAGGCCCUUCUCCAAUGCCGUUGACUGCUGGACCCCCUGGGCAGCGACAAUAUCGCCCUUCAACCUUUGAAUCGACAUUCAAGGCCUUGAAGGCAAACUCUCCCUCGGGGUUCUUGAGCCAAGAGGAUGAUGAGGGGCUUUUGAUCACAACGCAGACCCUUAUGCAAGCCGGCAUAGACGAUAUUUCUCUUACUCCUGACAGAAUUGAAGCAAUACCUAAAACAAGCUCUUGGAGCGCUCCGCCCGAACGAGUGCUUGGCGACUCUCAAGUCCGGAGAUUGGAGUCGCCAUCGGGCAUGAUUGACGCAGCAGAUGAAACUUGGGCAAAUACUGACCGUGUAGAAAGCAAUAGCGGCCGUGCGGAGGCGUGGGGUUUGGGUGACGGUCGAUCUUGGUGCUCUGGUAGCUGGCGAGACCAAUCUCCGGAAACCCGCGCUCUGUACCGACCUGGGACCGACCGUCUCACGGAAGCAGCUCUGGCCACUCGAGUUGGAAAACUCGAAAACUGGUGGUACUCGGGUGUCAAUAGAACAUAUCGAAACGCAGAGAGCACGGCACUAAAGCAGUUUGGUCCUGGAGAACCAGGGUUCGGCGUCAUUGGGGACAAACGGCCGUUGGCCCCGAUUCAUCGUCCAGGAAUCCUCGACGUGGAGGAAGCCAUGGCCAUUCCGGCAUCGGAGCACGCCAGGUCGCUCAUAGAGAUGGCAAUUAAUGCUCUGGAUGAAUCUAUGGUGGUCAGGUGCUCAGGCGCCGAGUCGGCUUACACACUGGCAACUCGCUCUACAGCAGGGUGA